UUAGGCAUCCAUUAAACAUGCGUUUUAUGUUUAUUGGUAACUAAGUAGAGAGGCCGCCUUCGACCAUGCGCGAGCCUUGCUUGAGGUUAGGAAACUUAUUGUAGAUUUUUGUAAAUUACUACUUAGGAUAGGCCGCUAUGAAUAACCUAGAAUCUUUAUCGCAUCUAUCCUUAUAUCGCUCUCUUACUCGUAAGAGGGAGAUGCGACUACUUGAAGUCUUCUCGGGGGAGGGGUUUGAAGUGGUUAGGGCGCAACUUUUUCAUGCUCCGGACCCCGAAGCCAUUGAUUACGAAACAAUCUCGUACUGCUGGGGGGAUUCCAACGCUUGCGAUUCCAUCGAGGUUAACGGGAAAAGUAAUAGAGGUACCAGCCAGUUCAGUUGCGGCUCUUAGGUGUAUGAGAAAGCCUGACAAACCCCGCAUACUUUGGAUUGAUGCCAUCCGUAUCGACCAAAGCGACCUGAAAGAACGAGGACAUCAGGCUUCUGUCAUGUCGAAUAUUUAUAGGUUUUCACAGCAGAAUCUAGUCUACCUAGGAGAGGAUAGUGAAGAAUCUGGCAUGGCCUUCGACUCCAUCGGGGGGAUAGAAAAAGAAAUAGAGCAAAAGAUGCAUGGCUUUUCCAACUUCCUCGAAAACAUGGCCCAGCAGUUUACCGACGGUAAUAUUUUACAUGAACCUAUAGAAUGCGAAUUUGACGAAGACGCGAUUACCGCAGUCUUUCAAAGAGCUUGGUUUAAGCGACUGUGGGUUGUACAGGAAGCUGCUCUAGCGCCGUCUAAUAUAUGCUUUUGCGGUAGUCAACCUCUAAUUAAUCUCCAGAGCUUACUAUAUGCGGCCCUAUGGUUGUAUUUACAUGAAAGUUUAUCCUCGGGCUCAUCGUCCUUUCACCCAUCUAUCAAACCCGCCAUCUUCUUCGCCAUUAUAUUACUAGGUCACAAAGCCACUUCUACCGGGUUGACCAUUUCCCUCUCGGUAAAAUCCACAAGAGUUCUCCUGACUUCCGAACCAAAGGACAGGAUAUUUGCGAUUGUGGGCCUAUGCCGGACAAUAGGGCAUUCAGGAAAAUAUCUUGAAGCGUCUCUAAUAGCAACCGACUACAGUAAAUCAUUAAAAGACAUCUUGCGUGAUGCAACUCGUUUCGCGAUUCAAAAGGAGGGCGGGUUGGAUGUUCUCGAUCAAGUAUCGCAUGCUGGAGAGCUUAAUCAGGGAAAUUUCCCCUCGUGGUUUUUGCGCCUAGACACACCCUUCGACUAUGAUCGUGAAGCAAUGGUGCUUGCGAAUCACCAGUUCCGAGCGGACAAUAAGAAAUCCGUUCAUAGUUACAUGACUGGAUCUAGUUAUGGAGGGGCAGAGGCUCUCUUCCUUGCGGGCUAUCAAUUUGCGCGUAUCUCUUGGGUAUCCGAGAUCUUAACGGAACACAAGGGCCAACAGUAUAGGAACGGGGUCAGGAAAUGGCUGGGUUCUAUUAUCAAUAAUUAUUACGCUGGAGAGGACGAGCCGCGCUACACUGCAUUCCCCCUUCCUCUAGCUCUCGCAUUAAUGGCGUUCACAAAUCGAAGGCUUCGUUCACCGAGUGGGGAUGAGCUAACGGAAUUCCAAGCCCUUCUGGAUGGGCUUCUUAAUAACGACUCGUUGGAUGGCUGUGAUUCACAGUGGCUUAACUUGUUUUUCGAUACUUGUAGAAACCGCCGGUUUUUCUAUGGCACUGGAGGUUAUUUCGGCUUGGCACCUCAAUGUACUAAAUUUAAUGACCGGGGCUAUUUACUGUUUGGAUCUAAAGUACCGUUCGUUCUGAGGCCCAUGAGCACUGACGAUGCUUCAACUUUCCAAUUAGUAGGACAUGCAUAUGUUAGCGGUGUUAUGGAAGGUCAGAUUGUCGAAGCCAGGGAGGCGGGGGUUGAACCAGAAGUCGUGAAGUUGAUAUAAGGAUUGUGUUUUCUCUGAAGUUUUUAAAUAUCAUAUGAGGCAACGCGGAACUAGAUCUCAGAGGGGAGGCUUUACUCGUGAUAGUACCACCUAUGUAAGUAC